UUCUCUCCUGAGACGCAGACACAGAUGAUUAGAUUCACAGUGAUGGUUGUCCUGACGCUCUGGUGUCAUUACUGUAAUGAUGUCUGUGUUUUCACAUGAUCCAAGCGUCUGGUCUGGUGUUAUGGGAUAUUAAUGAGAUGUUAAUGGUCUUGCUGUGGCUUGUGUUUUGUCAGAUUCUGGUUAAUUCGGUGAGUCCGUCGCGGCCGGCGCUGCUGUACGAGAGCGUCCCGGUGAGCGAGGGCAGUCCGGUGCUGCGGGACACACUCUUCAGCCCAGACCUGCAGUUCAUCUACACACUCACCGACAGACAGGUGACGCGUGUGCCGGUGGAGCGCUGCUCUCAGUACAGCAGCUGCUCUAAAUGUCUGAGCUCCAGAGACCCUCACUGCGGCUGGUGUGUCCUUAGCCACAUUUGUUCUCGCCGCGAUCGCUGUGAGAGAGCUGACGAGCCGCAGAGAUUCACCUCCAGAGUGGAUCAGUGUGUGGAGCUCACGGUCCAGCCCAACAACAUCUCCGUCACCGUGGCCGAAGUCCAGAUCUGUCUGAGUUAGAGCAGUAAUGAUAUU